AAAACAGGAUGUCAAAGCCAGUAGAGGUUGAGAAGCUAGGGGCUGAAUCUCCACUGGAGAGCACAGAUUCAGAGCGGAACGGUCCUGAAUCAAAUCACCAGGCUCAGUCAAUGAAAGUCAACCCCUUCCCCCUAUCACCAACACUGAGCAGCAACAAGAACAAGAUGGAGGAGUGUGGUGAGAUGUCCCCGGCCCUGCCACCCUCUCAUGGCCCAACUCCAUCACAGACCGCACUGCAACAUACACAACUCAUGCUGACCAGCUCCCAGCUGGCAGGGGACAUCCAGCACUUGCUGCAGCUUCAGCAGUUGGUGCUGGUUCCGGGUCAUCCUCUCCAGUCUCCUGCCCAGUUCCUCCUGCCGCAGGCACAGCAGGGCCAGCAAGGACUCCUAUCGACACCAAAUCUAAUUCCGCUACCUCAGCAAAACCAAGGCGGCCUGCUGUCUGCUCCGACCAGACUGGGUCUCCAAGCACAGAGGGAUAAGAGCGUAGAGGUGAGCAGCGGAGGAGGCGUGGCCUCGGUGCCCUCAGUGACCUCUCACCCCGAGGAGCCCAGUGACCUGGAGGAGCUGGAGCAGUUUGCCCGCACCUUCAAACAGAGACGCAUCAAACUGGGCUUCACGCAGGGUGACGUUGGCUUGGCCAUGGGGAAGUUGUAUGGGAACGACUUCAGCCAGACCACCAUCUCCCGCUUCGAGGCCCUCAACCUUAGCUUUAAGAACAUGUGCAAGCUGAAGCCACUGCUCGAGAAGUGGCUCAACGAUGCAGAGACCAUGUCCAUAGACAGCACCCUCCCCAGCCCCAGCUCGCUGUCCUCUCCCUCGGUGGGCUAUGAGGGACUGCCAGGCCGCCGCAGAAAGAAGAGAACCAGCAUCGAGACCAACGUCCGUGUGGCCCUGGAGCGCUCCUUCAUGACGAACCAGAAGCCUACCUCAGAGGAGAUCCUGCUGAUUGCCGAGCAGCUCAACAUGGAGAAGGAGGUGAUCCGCGUUUGGUUCUGCAACCGCCGGCAGAAAGAGAAACGCAUCAACCCCUCCAGUGCGACCCCUCCCCUGCCCAGCCAGCCCCCCACUGCCCCACCAACGCACAAGCCCCCCUGCUACAGUCCCCACAUGAUGUCCAGCCAGCUGUCCCAGGCCGUGACCAGUCUCAGCAGCACAACAGCGACCACCAUGUCCUCCGUCUGCCCCCUGACCUCCAGCCUCAGCUCAACCCACCCCUCCCUCAGCUCCACCCACCCCUCGCUCAGCUCUGCCCCCUCUCCAGUGACUCCUCCUCCACCCCGCAGCACCGCCAGCCCAGCCACCCCCAGCCACAGCACACUCAACCUCAACACAGGCUUAUGGCGUAUGGGUAAAAAGAAUGGUGACGUUUCUAACUACAUCACCGAUUUUGCUGCAAACUUGAGGAAUACUGUGAUGGGAGUUAACACAGGGAUGAACCAAGCUCUCCUUGGUAACAACCCCCUGGCUACUAUCCAAGCCCUAGCAGCCAGUGGUGGCCAGCUGCCUCUUUCCAGUCUUGAGGGGGGCAGUAAGGUGCUGUUGGGGGGCUCUGGGGGCCAGGGUGGGAGGCUCCCCUCCUCUCUUUUCCUCAACCACCCCGCCCUCCUCCACAUGGGCCAGAAUCCUGGUGCUGGAUUGGUCAGCGCCGCCGUAGCCAAAGCUUCCCCUUUCCCCUCAGCCAGCAGCAUUAGCCCCACCCCCUGCUCCCCGUCACCCUGCUCCAGCCCCGCCUCUUCCUGCUCCUCCAGCGAAAUGGCACACAGCCCUCCCUCUCUCGGAGGAGCCAAGAUUGAGUGA